CCUGGACCAGAGGAGAGGACCCGUUCAUGGUGACAGAAGAAGAAGAAGAAGAAGAAGAAGAAGAAGAAGAAGAAGAAGAAGAAGAAGAAGAAGAAGAAGAAGAAGAAGAAGAAGAAGAAGAAGAAAAAUCAAAGGAGAGAUGAAGAUCAAAAUCAACUGAAAACGAUCUUGCCGUCUUAUCCGGCCACUCACAUUCACGCGAUUGAAUCUUUGUCAAACGGUGACUUUCCAACAGCAAUAAUUUGCUUCCGCAGACAGACGCGCUACAAGCCAAUUGCAAUCAUAAACUAGAGUUCUCGGCCGUCAACAAUGGGGAAUUCUACGAAAGGGAAACCCCCUCCCAGAAAUAAUGGCUCCGGGCGUGGAUCUUUUCCGCUCACUCCUCUCUCCUGUUGACUGGCCGGCGGCUCCUCUGCUCCAAAGACUACUUCCCGACAAGCUCACUGGGUCACUCGCUGCCUCACUGGUAAAUAACUAGUAAAUACUACGGAGGACAACAAGACAGUUCGACAGCAACCAACCUGCAGCAUAGCCAAAGCAGAGGAAUUUGGUAGAUACACUCUACAGACGACGAUCUAUGGCCGUGUCACGCUCCGGCUCGGCCGCCGCCGGCGACGCGGAUCAAGCCCGGCUGCACCAGCUGGGCUACAAGCAGGAGCUCAAGCGCGGCCUCUCCCUGAUGUCCAACUUCGCCUUCUCCUUCUCCAUCAUCUCCGUGAUGGCCGGCGUGACGACGACGUACAACGCGGGGCUCCGGUACGGCGGGCCGGCGUCCAUGACCCUGGGCUGGCUCGUGGUGGCCUUCUUCAACGGCUGCGUGGCGCUGUCCAUGGCCGAGAUCUGCUCCGCUUACCCGACCUCGGGAGGCCUCUACUACUGGAGCGCCAAGCUCGCCGGCAACGACUGGGCGCCUCUUGCUUCCUGGGUCACCGGCUGGUUCAACAUCGUGGGCCAGUGGGCUGCGACGACGAGCACGGACUUCUCGCUGGCGCAGCUGAUCCAGGUGAUGGUGCUGCUGGGCACGGGCGGGGCCAACGGCGGCGGCUACACGGCGUCCAAGUACGUCGUCUUGGCCAUCCACGGCUUCGUCCUCGUCCUCCACGGCCUCAUCAACAGCCUCCCCAUCCGCUGCCUCUCCUGGUUCGGCCACCUCGGCGCCUUCUGGAACACCGCCGGCGCCCUCGUGCUCGUCGUCCUCAUCCCUUCCGUCGCCACGGAGCGUGCCAGCCCGGAGUUCAUCUUCACGCACUUCAAUGCCGACAACGGCAUGGGCGUCCAUGGCAACGCCUACAUCCUCGCCCUCGGCCUCCUCACCAGCCAGUACUCCCUCCUCGGCUACGACGCUUCCGCCCACAUGAUUGAGGAGACGAAGAAGGCGGACUGGAGCGGGCCGAUGGGGAUCGUGUCGUCGGUGGCGUUGUCCACGGCAUUCGGCUGGAUCUUCAUGGUGGCGCUGACAUCGAUCGUGACGGACGACAUACAAUACCUUCUGGACACAAGCAACGACGCCGGGGGAUACGCCGUGGCGCAGGCGCUCCACAACGCGUUCCGGAGGCGGUACGGCAGCGGCGCCGGCGGCAUCGCGUGCGUGGGGGUCGUGGCCGUGGGCAUCUUCCUGGCCGGGGUGGCGUGCAUCGCGAGCAACUCGAGGAUGGGGUACGCCUUCUCCCGGGACGGGGCCAUGCCGAUGUCCCGCGUGUGGCACCGGGUGACGAAGCACGAGGUGCCCUUGAACGUGGUGUGGCUCUCCGUGGUGAUCGCCUUCGCCAUGGCGCUCACGUCGCUGGGGAGCCAAGUGGCGUUCCAGGCCAUGGUGUCCAUCGCCACGCUGGGGCAGUACAUCGCAUACGCGCUGCCCAUCUUCUUCCGGGUGACCACGGCACGAAAGUCGUUUGUGCCGGGACCAUUCCACCUAGGCAGGUAUGGGGUUUUCGUCGGCUGGGCCGCGGUGCUCUGGGUGGCGCUGCUCACCGUGCUCUUCUCGCUGCCCGUGGCGUACCCGGUCGCACAGGACAACUUCAACUACACGCCCGUGGCCGUCGGUGGCGUGCUGCUGCUCAGCGUCGGUGCCUGGGUGCUCCACGCCCGGUUCUGGUUCCGAGGGCCCAUCGCCAACGUCGAUUUGUAGAAACUGAUGAUCCAUCUGUCCAUGUGGCUCGAAUACAUGCUGCGGCAGCUACAGAAACAAAUAUUGAAGCAUUUCUGAAAGAUUAGUUCUUCAGAAAAACAAAUUGGUAUGAGAAUUUCAGGUCCAAGACCUUGGCUGCAACGAGUAAGGUAGAAUCAUGAAGAAGAAAAACUGAACAGGAUCGAGGUCUGAAUUUCGAUCAAUGAGUAACGCACGUUCAGUUACCGCGUGCAUAUUGUCAUGUAGCUCGAGCUUCUUUCAUCCCCAGCUUGUAGGAUCUGAGGUAGUGAACAAAUUCAUCCACGUGCCUCUCAUGGCACUUGUCCGCCACAA